AUGUCGACAUCGCAUACCCCUAGUUCUCCCAGCACCAACUCCACUCAAGGUCUAGAAACACCACCCUCACCCCAAUCCUCCCGCUACCGUCAAUUCAUCGACGACAUAUCCAUAAAUCGCAAUGCAUAUAUCCUCACCAUCAUCGCCUCAUUUGGCGGAAUGUUCUUCGGUUGGGACACCGGACUCAUCGGCGGAAUUCUCACCAUGACCUCCUUUCAAGAAUCCUUUGGUCUCGAUCCCGAAUCCUCUACUUAUACCAAUCUAUCCGGAAAUAUCGUGGCAAUUCUGCAAGGUGGAUGUUUCUUCGGCGCCAUGUCUAGUUUCUAUAUUAGUGAUGUGUUUGGACGUAAAAAGGCGUUGUUGGUGGCGGAUUUCUUCUUCUUGGUCGGGAGUAUUAUACAGACUACGAGUGGGAUUGGUACGAAGAGUCUGGGUCAACUUUAUGUGGGUAGGUUUAUUGGAGGGUUUGGGGUGGGGUUGGUGAGUGCGGUUGUGCCGACGUAUAUUGGGGAGAAUGCGAGUAAGGAGAUUAGGGGGAGGUGUGUGGGGUGUAUGCAAUUGUUUAAUGUAACAGGUAUAAUGCUCGCCUACUUUAUAAACUACGGCAUCGAGAAAGACAUGGUCGGCAACAACCCCCUCAAAUGGCGUAUCCCAUUCGCCCUGCAAAUGCUCCCCGGCCUCUUCCUCGGCCUCGGACUAUUUUUCCAAAACGAAAGUCCCCGCUGGCUUAUAGAAAAAGACCGUCACGAAGAAGCUCUCCUAGCCCUCUCCCACGUGCGUCGUCGCUCCCCCACAGAUCCCCUCAUCCAACGCGAGUACCACGAAAUUAUUGCCGAUUUCCACGGCAAGGAAAAGUUGACUCUGCUCCGACAGAUGAAACUUACAGUUUCCAACAAAGCUUCGCUUUAUGCGGUGAGUAUGGCUGCUACAUUGCAAUUCUGGCAGCAGUGGACGGGAACAAAUAGCAUCAAUUAUUAUUCCCCACAAAUCUUCAACACGGUGGGUCUUAAGGGUACAUCUGCCGGACUUUUCGCAACGGGUAUUUAUGGCGUGGUGAAAGUGUGUAUUACGGCGUUGGGACUUAUGUUUGCGACGGAACAGGUGGGGAGGAAAUGGUGUUUGAUUAUCGGGGGAAUGGGACAAGCUUUCGCUAUGUUCUAUAUCGGCGUUAACCAAGCUGUUAAUCCCCCUGUCGACGGAGCACCUUUGAAUGGAAAUUCCAUCUUCGCAAUAAUUUGCGUCUAUCUAUUCGUAGUAUUCUAUUCCUUUGGCUGGGGACCCAUCCCCUUUGUCCUCAGCUCCGAAUGUUCACCCAAUCACCUACGCAGUUUCAGCAUGGCGCUAGCCAUUGCCGUCCAAUGGCUCUUCAAUUUUGUUAUCUCGAAGAUUACGCCGUUUCUGCUGAGUGGGAUUACGUAUGGGACGUUCCUGCUGUUUGGGAGUUGUUGUGUGCUGAUGACGAUUUAUGCGGUGGUUUGUGUGCCGGAGACGAUGAAUGUUCCGUUGGAGAGAAUUCAUGAACUUUUUGAGGGGCAGGUUAUCAAAGGCGCGUUUAGGGAUACAAUGCCGAGAUAUAGGAGGUCGAAUUUGUUAAGGGAGAUGAGGAGGGAUGGGGAGGAGGAGGAGGUGGGGUUGGGGAAGGGGAAGGGGGAUGCGGAGAAUGGGGUGGGUGUGCAUGUUGAGAGGGUUUAA